AUGUUGGCUCGUCACCUAACCAACGUGACUAAAACUGCCCGCAGCACUAGCACCUCGUGGUGGAAGCGCACGUCGUCGUCGUUGGACGUUCGGCAGGACGAAACCAAGAAGCCUGAGAAUUUCCAGCUUGUGAUCGUUGGCACGGGCUGGGCCGGCUACAAAAUGUUCAUGCAAUGCCGCAAACACCUCGUAGAUAUCGAGGAGAACAUUGGCCGACCCGUGGACCUCGUCAUCGUCUCCAAGCGCAACCACUUCCUGUACACGCCAUUGCUGGCUAGCACGACGGUGGGGACACUGGAAUUCCGAUCUAUUAUUGAGCCGCUGCGUGACAGCAUGCUCAGUCACGAAGGUGACUUUCACCUUGCCAAUGUGCACAACGUCGACCCGGAGCAUAAAGUCCUGAAUGUCGAGUCGGCUAUUAGUGCUGUGAGUUGCAACCGCAAGUACGACAUCAAGUACGAUGCCCUGGUACUGGCUUGUGGCUCGAUGCCACUGACAUUCGGACUGCCUGGUGUGAAAAAGCACGCUUUCUUCCUCAAGGAGAUCCAUCACGCGCAGAAGAUUCGAAAUCGCAUUCUCGAUAACUUUGAGGUCGCUACACAGCCAGGUGUGACACCGGUGGAAAAGAAGCGUCUGCUACAUUUUGUCGUGGUCGGUGGAGGCCCGACCGGCAUCGAAUUCUGCGCUGAGCUGUACGAUUUCGUGCUGCAGGACUUAGUACACAAGUAUCCGGAGACAUCCAAGCACCUAAAUGUGACGCUGGUGGACUCUGGUGAGAUUCUGAGCGGAUUUGACAAACACCUGCGUGCUGUGGCACUGCUUAAGAUCCAGAAACGCAAAACGAUGGAGAUUAUCAAAAAGAACUGCAUUGAAGUCACAGCGAACGGAGUCACAGUUGACGGUGGCGAAAAGAUCCCAGCCGGUCUUGUCGUGUGGACCGCUGGAGUGGGACCGAACGAGCUCACCAAAUCUCUCACGGUGUUUGAAAAGAGCAAGCGUGGCAACAUCUUGACUAACCAGUACUGUCAGGUGUUGGGUGCUCCUGAGGUCGAAGAUAAGGCCCCAUGGGGUAUGCCAUGCCGCUCCAACGUCUUCUCGAUUGGUGACUGUGCCGAGAUUUUGGAUUACCCGCUGCCGGCUACGGCCCAAAAGGCGCAGUCCCAGGCGAAUUACCUUACUUCGCUGUUCCGCGGUAAGCACUCGGUGCCGGCAAAACCGUACACUUUCCACAGCAAGGGCAUGAUGGCGUACUUGGGUUCUUAUGAAGGUCUUUUCGAGGCGCGCCCCAGAGUCGACGGCAGAAUAACGCUCACUGGCUGGAAGGCCUGGUUUCUGUGGCGUAGUGCUUAUUUGACCAUGCUGGGAAGCUGGCGACUCCGUUUGCAGGUGCCGCUAGACUGGCUUAAGGCGAUUCUCGUGGGCCGUGACGUGUCUAAGUUCUAG